AUGUCAAAUCUACAACAAUUUCAAUGCCGUAUGUACGAAGCAAAAUACCCCGAGGUCGAAGAUUUAGUAAUGGUUAAUGUUCGACAAAUAGCCGAAAUGGGUGCUUAUGUUAAACUGCUAGAAUAUGAUAAUAUUGAAGGUAUGAUCCUAUUAUCAGAGUUAUCAAGAAGACGUAUUAGAAGUAUUCAGAAAUUAAUUAGAGUUGGAAGAAACGAAGUUGUAGUAGUACUAAGAGUUGAUAAAGAAAAGGGGUAUAUUGAUUUAUCAAAACGUAGAGUUUCACCUGAAGAUGUUGCAAAAGCAGAAGAAAAAUUUAAUAAAUCAAAAUCUGUAUUUGAAGGAAUCGAAACAUCUAAAGAGGUUAUGGAUGAAUUAUUAAACAAUAUUAAACGACGUUUAACGCCUCAACCAAUUAAAAUUCGAUCUGAUAUUGAAGUUACAUGUUUUGGGUAUGAAGGAAUUGAUGCAAUUAAAGCCGCAUUCAAAGCUGGUGAAUCAUGUCAAACAGAUGAUAUUCAAAUAAAGGUAAAAUUAGUUGCCCCUCCAUUAUAUGUUAUGAUUACCAACGCUUUGGAUAAAAUUUUAGGAAUCGAAACAUUAGAAAAAGCAAUUGAAUCAAUUAAAGCUACAAUUGAAAAAUCAAAUGGUACCUUGACAGUCAAAAUGAAACCAAAAGCAGUAAGUGAAACCGAUGAACGUGAACUUGCCGCUCUUAUGGAUCGUGUGGCAAGAGAGAAUGCCGAAGUUUCAGGUGAUGAUGAUAUUGAUUCUGAAGCCGAUGAGGUGGAAUAA